AUGAUAAAUAAUCACCCUUGUACAUUUUAAUCAGAAUGUGUUUCUCUUUAUAAUUGUAUAGAUGGAAUAUGCACUCAUAAGAAUUUCUUUCCUCCAACCUUUCCUGAAUUAAUAGGUAUGCUUAGUAUAGCUAUUUUUACAGGAUUUGCAUCCCUUGCAGGUAUUUAAUUAAAUUAUAUCAUAUUUUAGGGAUAGGAGGAGGAGGAGUUGUAGUUUCUUUAAUGACAAUGUUUUUUAACUAUUCAUAGAAAGAAGCCUUGUUGGGAGUCUUCUUACCUAUAUUUGGAGCUGCCUUAGGAAAUUUCAUAAAUCUCGCUUAGCAAGAAGAUCCAUAAACAAAAAGUCCAGUUGNAAAUAUGAUAUACAAGAACGAUUAAACGAAAGUAUUAAUUUCAGGCACUAAAAGAUUGAUCUAUCAUAAAAUUAUGAGUUAUUUAGGCAGGAACAAUUAAACCUUUAAUUUCAACAAUGUUUUUUGUUGA